AAAAUCUAACUAACCAAUAAUAAUAAUAUGUCACAUAUUAUUGUCCAAUAAAAAUUUAAAUUGAACGAUCGAAACAUACAAAACGGUUUUGUUACAAUCGAUAUAUCGAAACAGUUGGUAACCAUUUUCUUAGCGUACGGUUGUCGAUGUUACCGCCAAAUCGAAGUUUUACUCGUUAAGUGAAGAUAUGAUAAAUUUUGUAUCGUGCGUGUAUGUACACAGAUUAAUAUAAAUCGUUUGCUUAUAUGCAAAAGAAUACAUUAUCAUUUACAUUUUUAUUUAUACUAAUACAUGCAGAACUUAUAUAAACAUGUCAACUACGCAUUGUUUCUUGUGUCUUACCGAUGAAGGCAUUUUUCUUAAUAUUACAUCUAUUAACUAUGAUUCUUUGCGUGGUGAUAUCGAGACAUUUUUAUCAUUAAAGGUCGAACAAAAUAGCAAUGAUAACAAGGUUUGCUACAAAUGUGCAUUCGAGUUGAAACAAUGUAGCGAUUUUCUCAAAAAAUAUAAAGAAUCUUGUAAUGUUAAAAAUCAGAAGAAAAAUGCUUGCUCAUUUUGUUUAGGGACAGAAAAUAAAGGAUACGUUUUUCGUUUAAGUCGUAGUCCCAAAGCUGUAAAUUAUCCUAGCGAUAAUUUGAUAUCCAAUUUUCAGAAACAUUUUCAAGUUGACUUUUUUAGAAAGAAAACUGGAACUAUGUUGAUGUGCCUGACGUGCAGGUACAGUUUGGACAUAUUAUUUGACUUGAAAUCUUUAUACAUAGAACUUUCUGAAGCAAGAAGUACAUUUGAUAGUAAUUUAGAUAUUUCAACAAUACCUAAGGUUAAUACAAUUACCAUUAAACGUAAAACAACUGUCCCAGCAUAUGUAAAAACUAAAUCAUAUAUUUUAAAUAAUACUGACACUGAUUCUAAUAAUAAAAAAGAAGAAGAAGAAAAUUCCGCAAUUGAGUUGAACAAAGAUGAGCCACAACAGUUAAAGUUUCGCAUUUGUAGUUCGUGCAAAAAUAAAAUCAAAAUUGACGAAGAUAUGUAUAGAUUUUAUAAAACUGGAUUAACAGUGUGUAAAGUUUGUUGGAUCAACAUGGAUCCAAGUAAAUCAAAUAAACGAAAAAGAAAAAUUCAAUCGGAUACUAAAUUAUGCGCAGUAUUCUUAAAAGAUGUAUUAUCCGAUACAGUAACUAAAAAGGAACUGAAGGGAUAUAAAGUCGAAAAGGAUACUUACGGUAACAAUAUAUAUAUUAUAACAGAUAGUGAAAGUGAAACUGAAGUUGAAAAAGCACAUAAAACGGAUUCAGAUACUCAAGAAAAAUCGAAAAAAAUUAAUAUUAAAUCAAAUAAAGGUCAAAAACGUUCACAAUUAAAUCUACUUCAUGACAGCAGCGACAGUGAAAAUAAAAGAAGUAAAAAGAUAAAAAUUGAUACCGAAAAAGAAACAACAGUUAAAAUAACUAAAGUGCAAGAUAAAAAGUAUAAAACAAGAUCAUCUAAAACGAGUAAUUACUCUGAUACUGACAUUUUAUCUAUUGACACAUCACAAAUUGGUAAAACCAAAAAAUCUAAGAAAUCUAAUGAGAGAGAAGUAUAUUCUUUGUCAGACAGUGGCAUUCGAAAAUCUCAAAGAAAUAAACGAAAACAAAGUAUGGAUAUAUUAGUAGAAAAUAAUACGAGUAGUGAAGAUUCAUUAUUGUUCGAAAAUAAUAUGGAAAAAAAGAAAUCAAACGAACAGUCAAUCUUAGAACAAUCUAAAUCUCAAACAGAUAAUAAUAUAAUCGAAAAGAAUAAGAAAAUCAAAUUAGAUUCAACGUCUACAUCUAUCAGUGAAGAUGCCUCAUUACUAACAAAAAAGAAUGUUAUGUCAACAUCAUUGGAGACUGUUAAUUUGAAUGAAAAAAACAAUUCAAAUGAGAAGAAAAAUUCAAGUAAAAAGAAAGAUUCAAGCAGCAAAAAGGAAACGCACACUUGUCGAGAAUGUGGGAUAACGUUUAAAAAUAAACUUCAAGUUAUUACACAUGAAUUGACGCAUUCUAAAACAUUGGAAUUGAAAUUGAACAAGGUAAUGAUUCAAAAUAAAAACAAGGAGAUUAAAGAGGAAACUGAUGAAUUUAAUGAUGAACUAAGUGAACAACAAAAUGAAGAAAUUACAUUAUCUGUUAAUGACGAUGAAGAACUUGAAACUGUUGAUGUAUUAGAUCAUCAUGUAACAGAAGAUACAGUAGAAAAGGCAGAUAAGGAGGAAAUGAAUCUCUCUUUAACUGAGAACAAAGUGAAAGAUUCAUCGGAAAUACAUGGUGGUACAGAAAAAAACUAUCUAGAAGAAUUAAAAUUGACGAAAACGAUUGAAGAGUCAAAUAGUAAAGAAUCUAACUUGAAACUUAACAAAGACAAAGAAGAAUCUCCUCCUAAAUGUGUAAUAGAAAGUGAAGUAUUGCUUACCUCUAUGGAAAAUAACAAUACGUCAAAGGACGAUAAGAUAACCAAUAACGAUAAACCAAUUCAAAAUGAUGAUGGAUCUGAUAAUGAUUCAAUAAAAAAUGCCAAAGAAUUGGAAGAAAAGACAAAGGAAAUGAAUGAAGAGACAAAAGAUAAAGAUGAGAAGGAAGUAAAGGAAAAUAAUGCUAAAAAUUCUGAAAGCAACAUUGAUCAAUCAGAAAAUGAUAAUAUAAAAGAGAAGACAAAAGAAAAAACAAUGAAAGUCGAAGAAGAGCAAGAGGACAACGAAGAAGCAUUAGAAGAUAAAGAACAAGAAGAGAAAAACAAAAAACAAUCAGAAAGCAAAGAACAUUUAGAAGAUGAAGAUCAAGAGAAAGAUGAAGAACAAGAAGAAAACGAAAAACAAUCAGAAAACAAAGAACAAUUAGAAUGUAAAAAACAAGAAGAAAAUGAAAAACAAUCAGAAGAUCAAGAACAAGACCAAGAUCAAGAUAAAGAUCAAGAACAAGAUAAAGAUCAAGAACAAGACCAAGAUCAAGAACAAAAACAAGAAAAAGACAAAGAACAAGAAGAAGAUAAAGAGAUGACUGAAGAGGAUGAAAAUGUGGUAAAGGAUAAAGAAUAUAACGCAAAAGAAAUAGAAUGUGUAACAAAUGAACAAGAUGAUGAUAGAAUUAAUGAAAAAUUAGAAGAUGAGACAAACAAAAGUGAUGAAAAAGAAAAGAGACAAGAAAUCGACAUUAUUACAGAAAGCGAAGAUAAAUCAAAAGAAAUAGGAAAAAGUAUCAUUGAGAAAGAAAAACAGAAUAGCAAUGUAAAUGAAGAUAACUUUGAAUUGAGUGAUGGUGAUCAUUUGGACGAUAUUCAUAGUGAAAAAUUAAAACAACAUGAGGAGAAAAGUAUAAAAGAUAAAAAAAAUGAUAAGAAUGAAACGAAUAAAGAUGAACAAAAUGAAAUAAAUAAAGAAGUAGUUGAUAGUGUCAGUUUAGAAACUUCUACUGAAUGUAAUGUUUCUAAAUCUGAUGUUAAAUCAAUAAAAGAUGACUCUGACUCUGUUGAAGUAGUUAAACAAGUAGAAAAACAAGUAGAUACAUUUAAAACUACAAUGAUGGAGUCUGAUAAGAAGAAAGUACAUUCAAAUGAUGCACAAAGAUUACUUUAUGAUCUGACAUCUGUAAAUGAAUAUAAUUCAAGUAAUGAGGUUGAUCAAAUAAAAGAAGAUAAUAGAGAAUCAGUUGGUACAAUGGUAGAAAUGGAAAAACGUGAUUCUAAUUUAGCCACGAGUGAACAACACAAUACUUCAAGCGCUGUAAGUAAUAUAAGAGAUGUACAACUGGAAGCGGAAACUUUAGAGGAUAUUACACUUGAAAUACAAAAGAGUGCUGAUAUGCCAUCUUUAGAUCCUAUGAAUACUACGGAAAUAUUUUAAUAAAUUGAAACUAUUGUUACUUCAUAUCAAAGGUAAACAUCAUAUGAACAAAAAUAAGAGAUAAAGUAAAUUUAGUACAAAAAGGGGGUAUGUCACUACACACACACACACACACACAUACAUACAUAUUAUACAUAAAUUGAUAACACAUCAUCAACGCAUUAAACGAAAAUAUGUUUAAGGAAUGAAUAAUUAGUUUUGUAAUCUUUCAGAAAAACAUUCGAAUUUUAAAUUUUGUACAAAAUCGUAUGGAACAAAAAAAAAAAAAAA